CUUGUAGGCAUUUUCCCCACCAAGUUAUUAUGUUUACAUCGACACGCUAUAUGUCUACACUUUACGAUUAAAAAAAACUUCUUUUACAGGGGUUAAUUGUAGGAUGGUCGUGUCGUGUGGGGUUCAGAGGAUCACAGGCCUGCUGUGGAGGGAUAAGAUGUUUGAUGGAAGAAAACAGUCCUUAGCCCAUAUCCUCUCCCCAGCAACACUUAGAUUGCCUUUGUCUUUUCUGCUUUGCCUUUCUGUCGUAUCUACUGUGCAGGCAACAAGUUGCGCCAGGCCGUUCCCUGUCCAGCAUGGCACAAUGAACCUGUCAGAGACUAACAGAGGUUCCUUUCCUCUGGGUACUGUGCUGCAGUACAGCUGUGAUCCCGGCUACUCUGUGGACGGUUCCAGUAUUAUCAUCUGCACCAGGGAGGGCGUCUGGUCUCCAGAACCUCCUCGCUGUGUGCCCAAUAACCUGUGUCGACCUCCAUUUGAACCAGAGAACGGUGGCUACACCUGCCACCCAUCCCCGUGCGGGCGUCUAACUCAAGGCACAGUGAUUGAAUAUUUCUGUGAUGAAGGCUACAACCUGAAGGGAGAUUACAGAUACCUCACCUGUCAGAAUGGAGAAUGGGACGGUCCAAUGCAGAUCAGCUGCCUUCCUAUUCAAGGUUGCGCCAGGCCGUUCCCUAUCCAGCAUGGCACAAUGAAUCUGUCAGAGACUAACAGAGGCUCCUAUCCUCUGGGUACUGUGCUGCAGUACAGCUGUGAUCCCGGCUACACUUUGGACGGUUCCAGCAGUAUCACCUGCACCAGGGAGAGCGCCUGGUCUCCAGGGCCUCCUCGCUGUGUGCGCACUAACCUGUGUCGACCUCCGUUUGAGCCAGAGAACGGCGGCUACACCUGCCACCCAUCCCCGUGCGGGCGUCUAACUCAAGGCACAGUGAUUGAAUAUUUCUGUGAUGAAGGCUACAACCUGAAGGGAGAUUACAGAUACCUCACCUGUCAGAACGGAGAAUGGGACGGUCCAAUGCAGAUCAGCUGCCUUCCCACUCAGGGUAAUGCCGAUGCAGCUCCGGUUCUGGGGAUGAAUACUUUAUCCAUUGUGGCAUCCACUGCCAGUUCUGUAGCACUGGUUCUGCUUUUGAUAGUCCUUUUUGUCCUGCUGCAACCCAAACUCAAGUCCUUCCAUCAUGGCCGGAGGGAGCACGGCUCACCGGGUCAAGCUGUGACCAUUAUGGUCGAGGGAGUCCAGGUGACCCUGCCCACGUACGAGGAGGCAGUCUCCGGAAGCGCGGCGGUCUCCUCGGUCAGCUCGGGGUCCCAGACUCCUGUGGCGUUGGCGGAAGAGCCGAGGACCACGCAGGCCGAGCUCCACCACGUCUGCUCCUCCCCCUCGCAGCACUCGGACGUGGCCGCGGUUCACCAGGCGCCGUCUUCGUCCUCCUCUUCCUCCUCCCUGUCCUGGAGCCUGGUCCCGGGGGCGUUGGCGGCUUCGCAGCCGCAGCGACGGGGCUCGGGGGGCAGCGAACAGCACGGUCUACCCCUGCAGGCCUCUGCUGUGGACGUGUCUGACGAUAUUCCUUUACUGAAGGAGGCCUGAAGCAAGCUGCGUGGUCCACAGGCUAAGACAGCCCGUGCCCUGUGGCCACUGUGGACGCGGAUCAGCGGCGAAGCAUGUGGGAACCGAUUCUCCAUCGAGCUGCAGCUGCCUGCGAAGCAGACCUGCCCAUCUCAGGUGACUUUACAACA